AUCUCAAGCAGAGAGAACAAUCGACUGUUCAAAUCCUGAAUGUUGCUGAUUCCUGGCAGAAGCGUGCAGCACAAAAACAUUAUCAAUUUAUCAAGUGAAUUCGGACACACAGCCCAGCUGAUACGGCAAUAAUGCGAAUCCGUCAGAGCUCAAAUUUCUUUCUUCUUGGGGUGACUGCUGGCUUGACACUGACUGGGCUGAUUUUUUUUGGCUACACCACUAUAUGGUUCAGAAGUCAACAAAUGGACAACUUUGGUCGGACGGAUGUUGUUACUUUGACACCAUGGCUGGCCCCAGUUGUUUGGACGGGAACCUUUGACUCCAAACUGAUUGACUCUAUCUACAAACAUCAAAACAUCACUGUAGCGACCACAGUCUUCGCCCUGGGAAAAUACACGCGUUUUCUCAAAGAUUUUCUGGAGUCAGCGGAGGAGCAUUACUUUGAUGGAUUUCGAGUCCAUUAUUACCUGUUCACGGAUCAGCCUGAAGCAGUUCCUGAAGUAAAGAUGGGUGAAAACCAUCGUUUGACAGUCAGAAAGGUCCCAAGUUUGGACCGAUGGCAGGACAUCAGUAUGGGCAGGAUGGAGAUACUGGAAAAACUAAUAGCGGAUGAACUGAUGCAUGAAGCCAACUAUAUAUUCUGCCUUGACGUGGAUACAAAGUUCUAUGGCAGCUGGGGAUCAGAGACUUUGGGUAAUCUGGUAGGUGUCAUUCACCCUUGGUUUUUUGAUUAUCCAAGGGAAUCAUUUACAUACGAGCGAAGACCAGAGUCUAAAGCAUUCAUUGCGAUUGGGGAAGGUGAUUAUUAUUACACUGCUGCCGCAUUUGGUGGCACAUUAGAGGAAAUACAUCGUCUCACCAAAACCUGCCGUGAGCAGCUGAACGCUGAUCAUGAAAACUCCAUUGAGGCAAUAUGGCAUGAGGAGUCUCACUUGAACAAGUAUUUCCUUUACAACAAACCCACUAAGCUGCUGUCACCUGAGUAUCUGUGGCGGGACAUCAACAUAAGUGCAGGACAAAUAAGAAUUGUUCGCUUCUCUCAUGUGGCUAAAAACAAUGCAGAGGUUCGUCCAAACUUGUAGCAUAUUUCAGGCUGUUUACAUCCACGUCAGGAGGUUCAUGUUUCUCACAAAAGCAUCACCUUAAUCAUUUUGAGACACAAACUGGUCAAAUCAAUCAUGAUUGUGUUUUUUAAUUGUCUGUUUACAUUUAAAUCUUGCAUACAUUACUGAAUAUGUCUGAUAUCUGAAUUCAUCUAAAACUUACUAAAUGCUGAUUAAUAGUGUCAUGACGAAUUUCAAAUUUAUGACUAAGUCAGAUGAGCCAUGUGGAUAAUAUGUUAAAAUAUAAUGUUGUGUAAAUAAUGUGAGCUGUGAAUGAGUAGUAUUUAAUGAUAUUUAAAGCAAUCACUGCCAAUCUUAAAUUAAGUGAUAUGUUAUGUCAAAAUACAGAUAUGCGUAUAAUAUUUAUUUGACAAUUAUUAUUUGCUUUACUAAAAAAAAUGUGCAUAUUAAAAAAACAACACUAACGCAAGAAACAAAUAACAAUAAAUAUUUAUAUUGUCUUUUUGUAAGCAUGAACUAUGGUUUUAUGCUUUCAACUAGGUUUUGGGUUGUAAUUUUAAGAUGUAAUUAAAAUUCAUUUACCUCCAUCAAAAAAAUUAAUAAAUGAAACCACUUUAAUGGUAAAUGCAGACUGUGGU